CACAGAGAGGACAACUUCACAGCAAGCUCAGCCUUUGGCUCAACUUUUUCUUGAGAUGCAACAAAGGGAUUUCUGCAUAUGCUUGAGAAAUUACAGGUCUCAUCCAAAAUGAGUGAGACGCCUACUAGUUUCUCCAUGGCUCAUCUGACUUCUUCGGAAGGUCAAGUUCCUUCCCCUCGCCACUCAAAUGUCACUCAUCCCGUAGUGGCUAAACGCAUCAGCUUCUACAAGAGCGGAGAUCCCCAGUUUGGCGGUGUAAGGGUGGUGGUCAACCCUCGUUCCUUUAAGACGUUUGACGCUCUGCUGGACAAUUUAUCCAGGAAGGUGCCCCUGCCCUUCGGGGUGAGGAACAUCAGCACGCCCCGCGGAAGGCACAGCAUCACCAGGCUGGAGGAGCUGGAGGACGGCGAGUCUUACCUGUGCUCCCACAACAGGAAGGUGCUGCCGGUUGACCUGGACAAGGCCCGCAGGCGCCCCCGGCCUUGGCUCGGCAGCCGCUCUGUGAGCACACAUGUGCACCUCCGCUCGGCUACUACGACCGUGGCCACCACUGCUCCCGGCAUGCUUCGCGCCCCAAGGAGGCUCGUGGUCUUCCGGAACGGUGACCCGAAGACCAAGCGUGUGGUCCUCCUCAGCCGGAGGGUCACUCAGAGCUUCCAGGUCUUUCUGCAGCACCUGACGCAGGUCAUGCAGUGGCCGGUGGCUAAGCUGUAUGCCACAGAUGGAAGAAAAGUUCCUAGUCUCCAGGCAGUGAUACUGAGCUCUGGGGCUGUGGUGGCAGCCGGAAGGGAGCCAUUUAAACCAGGAAAUUACGACAUCCAAAAGUACUCGCUUCCUGCCACGUUACCAGGGAUCUCUCAGCGCGUGCACCGGAAGGGAAAAGCUAUCUUAGAAAAAAGAAAGAGUGGAAACUGGAAAGUGUCAAUAGUCACAAGUGACUUUCCAAAUGCAGGGACCAGCUCACAGAUUUAUAUUGUAUUAUAUGGGCAAUGUAGAAGUUCGGUACCUAUAUAUCUUUAUGGAAAAGAUGGAACUCGGUUUCAAAAUGGACAUGAAGACAUCUUCAUUCUCACGAUUGGGGAUAUAGGAAUGCCAUUUAAGAUUCGUGUUGGCCACACCAAUUCUGGGUGCUCCCCUUCCUGGCACUGUAAGGGGAUAAAAUUGCAAAACAUGAAUUCUGGAGAAAAGUUUUAUAUUCCUGUUCAAAGAUGGCUAGCACAAGAGCGAGAAGAUGGAGAAAUCUGCCGAGAAUUUCCUAUUUUAAACAAAGGACAACUUGUCCUGCCAGUGACAAAAUAUGAAGUGUAUAUUACAACAGGCGAUCUCUGGAAUGCUGGAACAGAAGCAAAUGUCUACCUCUCUAUCUAUGGGAGAAAAGGAGACACAGGAUCCAGGAAACUCUUUAGAUCCAAGAGCUCUUUAAAGUUUUUAAGAGGACAAACUGACACCUUCUUCUUAGAAGCUGUAAACCUUGGAGAUUUAUGCAAGAUUGUGAUAGGCCAUGAUGGACUUAGCCCAGGAAAUGGCUGGUUUCUUGAGGAUGUUGUGGUGAGGGAUCCCACGACCAACCAUGAGUAUGCCUUCUUCUGUCACAGGUGGCUGGAUAAAGGAGAAGAUGAUGGUAAAAUUGUCAGAGAAAUAUAUGCCAGAAAUAACACUAUCUUCUCUGUGAGGAAAAAGCUAGAACUUAAGAGAAAAGAAACGUGGGCUGCUGAGAGCUGGAAGUUUAUGAAAGGAAAUACCCUCCAGUUUUACAACAAGCUUACAGGAGGGUUUGUCCGUCUUCAUCCAGAUGGCACGGUGGAUGCUGCUGGGGAGCAGACAGACAAAUAUGGUCUCUUUGAUGUGAUUUUCAACAAAGGGAAUAUAUGCAUUUUCCAAAGCCGUGAGAUGAGGCAUCUCUCUCUCACCCUUGACAAUGGUGCUGCCACUGGAAUGGCUAGUGGAGGAGCCGUCUCCGAGCUUCGAGUGCUUUCUCAGCCAAACCGCUGUGUAGUUCUUGAGUCCGUGCGGCUUCCUGGGCACACCCUGAUUGUUGACCGUCACGGCAAAAUAGCCGAUGAGUCAUCUGCAGGCUACGCAGAGCGUUCAAAAGAAUUCUUGGUUUUUGUUAAGGGCAUAUUCCUCAACAGUGCUGUGGUUAUACUUGCUACAAGCUUGUGUCAGGCUCUGUGUCUGCAGCCCAAUGGAACGUGCACUGGAGCAGGGAACCAGUCAGAACAAUCCCACUGGAGAGUGCAUAGAGUCAGUUCUGAGAUUUGCAUGUUUGAAAGUGUGAAAACUGCACGAAUGUAUCUGAGGAUUAAAGACGGGCACUGUAAUGGCAUGGGUACUGGAGAUGCUGAUUGUCAUUUUAAAAUAAAAAAGAACCUGGAAAAUGCAUCUGUAAGUCUGGAAUCUCUGAAGAGCCCAGGACUCUUUGUUGGGCUUCAACCAGAUGGACAGGCAAAAGCCAUCAUCUAUACUAAAGAUGAGAGUGUUUGCUUCUAUCCACGUGUUAUCCAAUUUGGCAGAGAAAACCCAACGGGGAUGUCUGCAACACCAAACCAAGGGGAAGAAGAGAUCCAUGUGCCAAAACACCAGGAAGAAACACAACCGGACUCCAUGGCCAGAUGCCCCUCACCCUUAUCAUCAGAACAAGAAAACAGGCAUUCCUGCAGUUCUGAGACGCCUCAGUCAGAUGACAGAUGGAAGGUUUUGGUGCUGACUGGAGAUACAGGUACUCAGGCAAAUGUCACACUGUGGGUGUAUGGAACUGAAGGAGUCACUGGACCAAUCAGUCUUACCAAGGACGGUCCAGAGCAGCUCUUCCUACCAGGACAAGAAGAUGAGUUUCAGGUUGUACUAAGAAGCAUUGGGGAGAUAUACAAGAUCAGGAUAGGACAUGACGGAACUGGUGGGCAGCCAGAGUGGAGCUUACAGAGGGUGACAAUGGAACAUAUAAAGAGCAAGAAGACCCUAAAUUUUGUCAAAAACAUGUGUCUCUCUCAGAACCGGGCAGAUGGGGACCUUGUCUGGGAGCUUCCUGUAAUGAAAGAUGGAGAGCCUGUUUUCCCAUUAGUGAGAUACCGUGUUGAUGUCUAUACUGGGCAGUUGAAACAAGCUGAGACAGAGUCUGAGGUCUCCCUCUGUCUCUAUGGCGAAAGGGGAGACUCUGGCCUUCGACUGUUGCACACAUCCAACAUGCCCGUAAGGUUUCAAAGAGGACAGAUUGAUACAUUUCAAAUAGAAGCAGUUUCCCUUGGGAACCUGCAGAAGGUGCUGUUACGCUGCGAUGCCAGAGAGAAACCCCAGUACUGGUACUGUGAGAAGGUCAUCGUCAAAGAGCCAGGAGCUGCCUCAGAGUUCAUCUUCACAUGUGAAAGAUGGAUUCCCUUCAUGUCCCAAGGCUUAAUGCAUUCAGAAAUUGAACUGUAUUGUCAAGGUGAGGAUUAAGGCAAAUGCAGUGAAAGAAGGUGCAAGAUGAUUUUGUUACAACUGGACGUCAAGGAAGAUGACCUCCCUAUCGUUCCAGAAUGUCCCCAUUGCUAAUGUGACAUGGGCAGCUAUUUCUUACAGAGGAUAUUCAAAUGCACAGAAGUGUGUCUUGGUGAUGUUUUAUGCCUUACUCAGUUAGGAAUCAGCUGCAGGAUUUGACACUGUUAAGGAGUUAAAUUCACACUUCUUUUUAUUGUUGUUGUUGUUCUCACUUAAAAUGCCAUCAAACAGAUCUAAUAUUAACUUCACUUUUACUUUUGCAGAAAUGCAAAUAAGUCAUCCACCUAAAAUACAAGAGGAAGCAAAUGGUAAAUGUUGUACUUUUCAUCUUCUAAUCAUCUAGAAUACUUUCUUAAUAUUUCCAGAUAUCUUGCUUUGCAUAUUUUUUAUAGUACAUUACUGUAAGUUUAAACAAUUGAUUAAAAACACUUUAAGUGGCCUAUAUCUGAGCUGAGGUUUUAGGUUCUCUCCAUGCAUUGUCCUUGGUUGGGGUAUUAUUCUCUUUAUGGCCCCCAGGACUCAGUUUUUAUGGCUCUGUUGGUUUCCUGUCACCUCCAGGUCUUUCUGUCUUCCUGUUCUUUAAUAAUAUUCCCUGCACUAUUCCCAAAGUUUGGCUAUGAGUCUCUAGACUCAGUCUCCAAGUGCGGCCCCUAGUAAGGGGAGCAGGGGCUGUCUCUGGUAAGAACUCAGUGGCAGGCUCUCUGAUCACCUCCCCAUGGAGGGUGUAGCCUUGCCAGUCUAUAGAGAAAGACAAUGUUCAAGUAUCUCAAUUUUGUGUAGAGUUUGUUUCAUCUGCUGUAUUUCUAAGGGUGGCAUAGAAAAAUCCUAUGUUGCUUCUAAUUUUAGUUUUUGAGGAUUCUCCAUAAGUGAUUAGCUAGUUCAUAUUUACACCAAGCCUGUAUAGGGUUCGUUUUUACACACCCUUGCUGAAUUGUGUGGUUUUGUUUGUUGUUCUUGAUAAUCAUUCUGACUGGGGUGAGAUAAGGGUGAUGGUACAGUUUGGUUUGCCUUUACUUUAUGGCCAAGUAUGUUAAAACAGUCUUCAUGUACUAAUUAGACACUUGUACUCCAUAAUUUGAAAACUCUCUGCUGAGUUCAUUUACUCACCUAUUGAAGGAACUAAUUAUUCAUUUAGCGCUUACUUUAAAGUUCUAUAUGUACCCUAGAUAUUACUGCCCUUCCUCAUGAAUGCUGCAAUGACUUUCUCAAACUACGUAGCCUUAGAUCUACUAAUUCUUCCUUUGCUGUACAGAGCUUUCUAAUUUUAUCUAAUCUCAUUUGUCAAUUCUUGAUAUUAUCUUCUAGGAGUCGGAGUACUGAUUUUUAGAAAGUCUUUCCCUUGUCCUGUAUCUUGAAGUAUUUUCUCUCUAGUAGUUUCAAAGUUUUAAGUCUCGUUUCAAGUCUUAUGUAGUGAUGAAACUUGUUAUUUUUUAUAAAUAACACAUAUUAAUGACUUUGUUUCAUUUUGAAUUGAUUUUUUUAUAGUGUGAGUGAU